AUGGCCCGCUUGUCUGUUACCAAAUCGACUCCUGACGCCAUCUCCUCCCCCUAUGGUCUCUACAUCACCAUGCAAUGGCUACGUGAAGUUGGCGGCGUGCACAAAUAUCAUUGGGGGCUCUUUCUGGCCAACGAUGAACCACCAAAGGGUUCAUUGUUUCAUGCCACCGAUCUUAACCGCGAGCCCUUGGAUCUCCGUCUGGAGAUACGAGAGGUCAGAGAUCCUCGAAGAUCCCAAAAAUUGGUCACUUGCCUCCAAAUCGCUACUUUGAGAUCAAUGGAAAUUAUGGAAGCAUGCGCAAAGUCCAUUCGGCUCAUGGACCCGAGGCAUGUCCCAUUUGGAGAAAUGAGAUGGACUUGUCGUGUGUGGGUGAAAGAAGUUCUCGUUACUUUGAACCACGCAGGGUAUAUCAAGCUCCCAAUGACUGUUGAUUCACUCGAGCGUUACUGCCAAGCCGCGGCGGAUUCACACUUGGAUAGAAUGGGGAAUGCUUGGAUAUACAACGACAUGCGUUGGCUGUCAUCGCCCCCACCGGAGAAGCCUUCUGGGAAGCAGAGUAGCUACUAUGGCCCAUCAGAGAUGGCGAUCGACUCGACUGGGGAUCGACGUGGCCCAAGAUCCAGCCAGCCUCGUAUAUCGGGCCAGCCGUAUUUGGGACCAAAGCCGAUGAUUACUGAGGCCGCCACACAGCGUUAUUAUGGAUCGAAGCCCAUGAUCACCGAAACGUCGUAUUAA